CCAUCGUCCACACGGGUGUAUUGCUUUUGAGCGAUAAAUCAAUCCUUUUGGCUAUUUGAGUUAAAUUUAGCCAAAAUACAAACGAUGUCGCGGGAUAAGAAGAGUAAGAAGCCAUCAUCUUCAGCCUCCCGAUCUCCAGCGACUCCGCUCCGGCGAUUAGCAACCGAUGGCUCCGAUGAGGGCUCUAAUAGACGGGUCCUCUCCGAUGCCGCUGUUCGAUUCCCUUACCUUAUAUCAGAGUCAGCCAUUUGCGGAGUGGUCUGUGGUACAGAAGCUCUCUCCUCCAACCAUUCGAAGAUUUACCUUUCUCAGUCCUUUUUGGCCUCGUACUCCCUCUGCUCCAACCAUCUUGUCACGGUUGCAUUAGCUGGAUCAGACAAAGAACCUUCGCACAAACUCCCACUAUACAAUUUUGUGGAGAACUACAUUGCAAAUUUCGGAAUUGAUUCCGACGAUAGCUUAUCGAAUAAUGUGGGAUCUUAUUUCGCAAUAGCCAAUGUAUCAUCUUGUGAUAAGCUUCAAAAGAACGAAGCGAGGUUAUCGUGGGCUCUUUCUUGCACUAUGGGGUUUCCUGCAAUUGGCCAACCAUUAUUUAUUUCUCCCAUUGGAGAUUUUUCAAGCUCUCAUUAUGAAAUCAAUAUAAACAAUACUUGUCAUCUUCGCUCCCAUAAAUGCAGGAACCUGAACUUAAAUAUGCUUCCAUUUACAUUUAUUGGUUCAAUAGAUUUUGCCUCCAUAAAAAAUGGAUAUGGCGAAGCUGAAUUGCCUAAAACUCGAUCCGAUCACUCAAGGCUUCCUUCCGCUUCAAAAAAUUAUCCUCGCUUGCCUGGAGGUUUUUAUUCUUCUGUAUUUAAUGAGUCAACAUUGAAGUUGGCAUUGGUUGAUGAAGAAACUAAACUUUUACGUGAGAAAUUUGCUUAUAAAUUUCUUUAUGGAAGAUAUUUGCUUCAUGGAAAUCUUUUUGCUUUUCCGGUAUUGGAAAAAGUUCUUUUUUUUACUGUGGAAGAUGCAGAACAGUACACAGCUUUCUAUGUGGAAGCUAAAACAAAAAUUUCUUUCUCUGGCACCACAACUGCAGCUAGUGAAAGCUCAAGUGGAAGAGUUUUUCCUGAAGAGAAUAUAUCGGAAUUUAUUAGUGACGGGGAACUUAAUGAUAGACCAAAAUUGGGCGGUUUAUCUAAAGAAUUUGCUGAUUUAGAGGAGAUUAUUAAAUUUUCAUUAGCACAAAAGGAUCCUUUACUUAGGUACUCCGGGGUUCUUCUUCAUGGUCCACCUGGCACUGGGAAAACAACCAUGGUUUCAUGCUGUGUUCGUGAAGCUGGUGCUCGACUUUUCUUGGUCAACGGACCUGAAAUUGUUAGUCAAUACUACGGUGAAAGUGAGCAAGCAUUACAAAAAAUUUUUGAUUCAGCAAGGACAGCUGCUCCGGCUGUGGUCUUUAUUGAUGAGCUUGAUGCCAUUGCUCCAUCACGGGCGGGUGGAGGUGAAGAGUUAUCCCUUAGAAUGGUUGCAACUCUGCUUAAAUUGAUGGAUGAUAUUAAAAAAUCUGGUGGCAUUCUUGUAAUUGCUGCCACAAAUCGACCAGACAGCAUUGAUUCUGCCCUGAGACGACCUGGUCGGUUCGAUCGAGAAAUUGAGAUAGGAGUGCCAUCUCCAGUCCAGCGGUUAGAUAUAUUGCGUACUCUGCUAAACCACAUUGAUCAUUCCCUUUGUAAUGCUGAGCUCGAGUCAUUGGCUUUUGAUACACAUGGUUUUGUCGGUGCCGAUUUAGCUGCCUUAUGUAAUGAAGCUGCAAUGACUUCUCUUUGUCGCUUUAUUAGCUUCAAAUCUUCCGAAAAACUUUUAAAAUGUUCACAUUCCAAAACUGGUGCAGUUGAUACGGAUAAACGAGUUCCUAAAAUUCAGGAACCUGGGGAGGUUUCAUGUAAUGAUGAUUUGAAUUCUAUAUCAUCCUUAUUGUCAGAAUUGACUAUGUCAUCAACGCCAGCUUCGCCUGAUAGUUGUUGUUGUGGUCCUAAAAGUCGUACAGAAUGUUGUUCAUAUGAUUCUCAUGGAGACGGGCAAAAGACUUUGUUAAAAGUAACUGCGGAAGAUUUUCAAGUUGCGAAGACGAAAGUGAGGCCUAGUUCUAUGCGUGAGGUAAUGCUUGAACUUCCUAAAGUAAGUUGGGAGAACAUUGGUGGCCAAAUAGAAGCAAAAAGGCAGUUGAUUGAAGCAAUCCAAUGGCCACAAAUGCAUCCCGAUGCUUUCAAACGUAUUGGGGUUCAACCUCCUCGAGGAUUAUUAUUGAUUGGCCCUCCUGGUUGUAGUAAAACCAUGAUGGCACGGGCGGUAGCUUCCGAAGCGAAGCUGAACUUCCUCGCAGUUAAGGGGCCUGAACUUUUUAGUAAAUGGGUUGGGGAAUCUGAGAAGGCCGUGAGAUCAAUUUUCGCAAAAGCAAGGGCGAAUGCUCCAGCAAUUAUAUUCUUCGAUGAAAUCGACGGCCUUGCGGUAACUCGCGGAGCGGAAAAUGAUGGUACCUCGGUUGCUGACAGGGUUCUGAGCCAGUUGCUGGUGGAAAUGGAUGGUCUUGGCCAAAGAGUGGGAGUUACAGUCAUUGCAGCUACUAAUCGUCCUGACAAGAUAGAUCCUGCGCUUCUUAGACCAGGACGAUUUGAUAGAAUUGUGGAUGUUCAACCACCAAAUAAAUCAGAUAGGGAAGAUAUAUUUCGAAUACAUACACGUGAAAUGCCUUGCGGUCCCGAUGUGAGCCCAUCAGAGCUUGCUCGUCUUACUCCAGGAUACACCGGAGCGGAUAUAAAGCUCGUAUGUCGAGAGGCCGCCGUUGCAGCGCUAGAAGAAAACCUGGAGAUAUCUGUAGUCUCCAUGGAGCAUUUCAGGAUUGGAAUUAGUAGGGUGCAUCCUUCAGAAGUCAGUUUUUAUCAGAAACUUGCAGAGCAAUUUCGGAGGCUUGUUGAUGGUGGAUCUGCCUGAACUGCAUGCCCAUUGUCUUGUAUGAUUAUAUAUUUAUUGAUAUGGUGGCAUUUAGUUGCAUCCCACACAAUUCUUAUGUAUUUACAUAUCUUGCCCCUAAAUAUUCAUAUUUACAUGAUGCAUAUCACUCAUUUUCGGAUGAUCACAUCAAAAUAGCACCAUCAUUAUGUUUUUAAAAGUGAAAUGCACCUUUUCAUGCAUUGUUCAUGACAACAAGAUGUUAUAAGGAUAAAUAUGAAAGUUGAUAUAUGUAAAUGCAUAAUAAUUGUUGCAUAUAUGUAAGCCUUUUUAUAUAUUAUUAGAAAUUUUAUGCAUACA